AUGGGUUUCCUGGCUUCCUUCACGCAUGGCGCCAGCAUCGUCUUCCCGGCCGAUCAAUUCGAUGCCAGUCUCACGUACGAUGCUAUCGUUGCUGAACGCUGCACUGCACUGCUCGGCGUGCCGACAAUGUUCAUCGCGAUGCUAAGCGUACUUCCCGCGAAGCGACAAAAGAUCACUUCCAUACGUACUGGACUGGCUGCCGGCUCUAUGGUGCCUGCCCCACUACUAGAGCGGCUAAAAAAGGAGAUGGGCGUGCGUGGGAUCUUGGUCGCAUACGGGAUGACAGAAACUAGUCCUGUGACUUUCAUGAUGGGUCUUGAUGAUUCGCAGAAGCACCUGAAUAAAGGACUCGGCAUUGUGAUGCCGCAUACCAGUGCCAAGAUUGUCGAUGGGCAAGGCCGCAUAUUACCAAGAGGUUCCAGGGGUGAACUAUGUACUAGUGGAUUUGCGCUGAUGAAAGGAUAUUUUGCCAACGAGGCCGGCACAAAUGAGGUCAUGCGACGGGAUGAGGAAGGGGUGCUUUGGAUGCAUACGGGCGACGAGUGCAUCAUAACUCAGCAAGGCUACUGCGAAAUUACAGGCCGCAUCAAAGAUAUCAUUAUCAGGGGGGGCGAGAAUAUCUUCCCUGCUGAGAUUGAGGAACAACUGCUCCGCCACCCUUCUAUCUCCGAAGCUAGCGUCGUCGGUCUCUCUGAUGAAAAGUACGGCGAGAUAGUGAGUUGCUUCCUGCGUGUUUCCGGUGGGGAACAGAAGGUGCGUGACGAAGACGUGAGAGCAUGGGUGGGUGCAAAGCUGGGAAGGCAAAAAGUCCCAGCGCGGGUGUUUUGGGUGGGCGAUGAAGCUGGGUGUGUGGCCGUAGACUUUCCGAAAACCGGCAGUGGAAAGCAUCAGAAGCAUCUCUUAAGGGACCUAGGUGAGAGUGUUCUUAAACGGGAGAAGAUGCAGGAUCUACGAGUAGAGAGAGCAAAAUUGUGA